AUGGCUGUCUCUCCGCGUGGGCGUCUGAAUGCUACAAAAGCCAACUUGGUAUCCAAAACCGAGCGCUCAGGAUGGAUUCUGCCCAAGCAGAACUCAUCAUUCGCAGACAAGGACCGAUGGUCUAACAUUGACGGCGAUCCCACCCCUCUGGAGCGGCGAACGUGGUCGAGCUGGACGAUAUUCGGAUUCUGGGUGUCCGAUGCCAUGAACGCUCAAGGCUGGCAGGCUCCCGCAGCGAUCCUUGCGGUUGGACUGACCUGGCGGGAGGCCAUCAUAUCCAUCAUAUUCGGAUUGUCCAUCACGGCCAUCCCUUUAGUCCUCAACGGCGCCAUUGGAGCACACUAUCAUGUCCCUUUCCCAGUUGCCGUGCGAGCCAGCUUCGGGUUCUACUUCGCUCGCUUUGCGGUGGUGACGAGGAUGUGCACUGCGCUGUUCUGGCACGCAAUCCAAACCUGGACAGGCUCGACGGCCAUGACACAGAUGAUUCGCGCCAUCUGGCCCAGCUAUCUGAAUAUUCCAAAUCAUCUUCCGGCAUCCGCUGGCAUCACGACGCAACAGAUGUUGUCGCACUUCCUCUUUUGGAGCGUCCAAUUCCCGAUAUUACUCAUCGCUCCCCACAAACUGAAGUGGUUCUUUGUUUUCAAGGUCGUUGUGACCUUGACCGUGAGCACGGCGACGGUCAUCGCCAUGUGUGCGAAAGCUGGCGGCUCCGGCGAGAUCUGGAAUCAAGCAUAUGAAGUCGACGGCUCGGCACGAUCUUGGCUGACUCUUUAUUCGAUGAUGUCUGUUGCGUCGGGUUGGGCGACGAUGGCCACCAACGUUCCUGACUUCACACGAUACCUCAAGUCAUCCAGAGGAGUCUACUGGCAGGGUUUGUUCCUCCCCAUGAUUGGUCUCAUCCUGGGCUCCUACGGGAUCAUCUGCUGUAGUGCUGCCAAGGUCGUGUAUGGCGAAUACAUCUGGGAUCCAGUAGCGCUCGCGAGCAAAUGGGAUGGACCCUCAGGUCGUUGUGGCGCCUUCUUCGUGGGUUUCUGCUGGGUCAUUGCUCAGAUAGGCACCAACUUGUCGGCCAAUGUCAUCUCCUACGCGAACGACAUGCUCAAUCUGUUCCCAAAGUACAUCAACAUACGUCGCGGCGCGAUCUUCGCGACGAUAACAGCGGGCUGGCUAAUGGUUCCCUGGAAAAUCGUGGACAGCGCCAGUUCCCUCCUCACCUUCAUGGGCGGUUUGGCCAUCUUUCUCGCCCCCAUAUCCGCGAUAACAGCUUCAGACUACUGGUUGAUCAAGCGCAAAAAGUUGGAUAUUCCAAGUCUCUACCGACGCAACGCGAGAUAUCGCUACAACCACGGCUUCAACUGGCGUGCAGCGGUUGCCUUCCUCGUCAGCGUGACGCCGAAUCUUCCCGGUCUCGCACAAGCCGUUGAGCCUAGCAUCUCGCUGCCCAUGGCCAUAGUCCACAUCUACGACAUGUCAUACAUCUAUGGUCUUGCGAGCGCGGCGAUCGUGUAUGUCGCGUUGUCUCAAUUUUUCCCGGCACAGGAGACACUUUUGGAAGAACCGAUUUUCGACGAUACUGUCUUGGAGGGCAUUGAGUACGCAGGGUCGGACACGAUCCCGGGCAAAAAUGAAGCGACGGUCUCGAUCGGUUCGGAGAAGAAUGCCAUGGAUGUAUAG